GAUGCGCAGGAAAAUGAAUUACCCCUCACGUAUAAAACCGAUGGUCAUGCUAAUUUUCGACUCAAUAGCAAAUACACCCUCAGGCCUUAGCCCUCUCCUGAAUUACAACCAUGAAGUUCAUCUCACUCAACACUAUGAUUAUUUCUGUCGCAGCAAUCGCUGUCACAGCUACUGCACUGCAGAUAAUCGGCUUCCACUGCAAAGACCCUAACAAUGUCGAGUGCGGAUGGGCCCCGGAUUUUAACAGCGGCUACCCGAUCUACGUUUAUUGUGGACCGGACGGCACAGUCACUAGCUAUAUAAAUUGUACCUGUUCCUCAUGCUGCCUGCUAAACGAUCCAUAUGUGACAUGCGAUGGGUGAUAAUGAGCCUGGAGCGAACCCGUUACCCCACGAGUCCUAGCGCUCAAUCGGAUGUACUUAU